GGUUUUAUAACAGCGUCAUCCCCAUUCGCUUUGCUGUGUCUUCACUGGCUUGGGUUUGUUUAUCUGAUUGUCAGCUGUGACUGUGAGUGAACCAGACAUCGAGGACAACACAACACUAGAGGUUGUGUCAAAAUGCACCGCUCCUGUCACGCCCUUGUUGGGGAUUACCGUUCCUUCACAAGAUAGACUCGCCGAGAGACAUUUGAACAGAUCACCCUAUAUUUGUGACAGAAGAAGCGAGGAAUACAUUCACUGAAUGACUGUUUCUUGCUUGGGGCCUCAUCAGCUCUACUGACACACAUACCAUUACCACAGGAUGCUGCCCGGGAUAGGUGUAUUCGGGACAGGAGACAUUGUGAGGGCCCUGGUGCCUUUCCUUCGAGCCAAGGGCUUCAGAGUGGAGGCUGUGUGGGGCCGCACACUGGAAGCUGCAGAAAAUGUGGCCACUGAGCUAAACAUCCCUUUCCACACCAAUAAAGUGGAUGAUGUGUUGCUGAGGAAGGAUGUGGACCUGGUGUUCAUCAUUUGCCAGCCAGACCUUCAUGCCCAGAUAGCAGUGAAGGCACUGGGUAUUGGCAAGCAUGUGUUGUGUGAUCGUCCUGCUGGCCUCUGUCAGCUGGAGGUGUUGAAGAUGGUCCAUGCAGCACAGUACUACCCAUCCCUCAUCUCAGUGAUCUCCCAUGGCCUGCGCUUCCUCCCGGCCUUCAUGCAGAUGAAGCGGCACCUGGAGGCAGGCUACGUCGGGGCAGUAAAUGUGUGCGAUGUGCGGGUGCACUGUGGCAGCAUGAUUGGGAGCCAGUUUGACUGGAUGUGCAGCCACUUAAUGGGGGGUGGCAUUUUGACCAUGGUUGGCAGCCACAUUAUCGAUGCUGUGUCCUUUGUGACAGGGCAGCGGGCAACACGUGUGCAUGGCAUGAUGCGCACCUUCACCAAGAGCACCGAGAAGAUCAACGGCAUCCGUUGGAUUGACAGUGAUGAUUUCUGCAGUUUUCAGAUGAUUCUUGAUGGUGGAGCAUGUGUCACUGCCACGCUCAACAGCCACGUGGCAGGUGGGUUUGUACAAGAGGUGGUGGUGUGUGGGAGCUGUGGCCGCCUGGCUGUGCGUGGUGCUAGUCUCUAUGGUCAGACGCACACCGAUGAGAGAGAGCAACUCCUGCAUGAUGGCAGUGCUGACGACCUGACCCAUCUUGCCAACCGCAAUGACAAUAGCAGUGCUCGGGUCAACUCCCUGCUGCCUCAACCUUAUCUGCAGGGACUGUUCCGUCUGGUUGGGGCCCUCAAGGAGGCAUUUGCCACAGGGGAUGGGGAGCACGGCUGGCUCAAGGAACCAGUUUCCAGUGCUGCCACCUUCGAGGAUGGCCAAUAUGUGCAGGCAGUGAUUGAUGCAGUGAAGCUGUCGUCUGCCAGCCGCCAGUGGGAGCAGGUAACUGUGGCCAGUGAUGAGAACGAGCUCAAUCCUCUCAUGACACGUCUCAACUUGCCCAAUAUUAACAUGAGCUCUCUGGAUGCCCUCUCUCAGGCUCCCACUAACAGGCCUCAGCCAGCCCCCACCCAACGCAAGACCACUGCCACCUCUGAGUCUCAUCUCCCCUGGAGCUUUGCUACCAAACACUAGGCGGGAGAUUCUUGCUUCUGGCUGCCGGGGACGUGCAUUAUGUAGCCUUGUGAUAUUCUUGGUAUUCUCAUUAAUCCAUAAGCUUAUACAGAAUGUGGUAAUGUUGUGGCCAGUGGGAUGUAGUUGUCUGUGGUGUCCAAUGCUGCUCCUUGUAAAAGCUUUAUAUAAAUGCAUGACUUUUAAAGUAAUGAUAAACACUGGGAAUAUGAUAGAAAAUUUUAAAAUUUUAUUUGUAAUGUAGAAAUCCAAUUAUCUUAUAUAAUUAACUGUUCAUUAAUUAUCAUUUAUUGAUAGCUAUAGCUACAAAUCUAUGUAGAAGUUUGUCAUUGUCCUUUAUUAAGAAAAAAUAUACUGUACAUUUAAGAUGUGACCACUGAGGUCGUAUUUUUCCAAGGGGCAGACAAGUGUGCACCAGGUUUAUGUUGCUGGUGCAUUAUUCUAAAGUACUUAAUGUUCAAUAUAAUAACUCAUAGCUUUAACUCUGUAAAUAGUAGACGGAAAUAUUUUAUCAGCUAAAUUAAUAUGAGCCUCAUAAGAAUGCAUGACAAAAAAAAAAAAAAAAGCUUUUAAGGAUAGUUUUCUAAAAAACUGUUGGGAAAUCUUUUUAUCUUCCUUUUACUAACAAAAUUUAUAGCAUAAUAUUCCAACCAGAUCUUGAUGUAUAAAGUAUGACUAUGGUACAUACUGUAUUUCUAUUCUUCCCUGUGGCUUAGGAAAGGUACCUUCUGUGUAUCAUGGCAGAGAAGAGGAUAAUCCUGAGGUUGGUGUAACUCUUUAUCAUUUAAAGCAACUUAGUGAGAGAAGAUCAAACUUUUGGAACAAUCAGUAUAAUACAUCAUCAAUCUGUGUAUUACCCUUCACUAUCCAGAAAGGUUUUUUGUUGCC